GGAGAUCCCUUCUGCUGUGCUAGGUUGGAGAUGAGUGCAAUGCGAGGUGGCUCGACUACAUUGUUGCUAUGAAGAGCUGCAUCUUAAUGCUGUAUCAGGUGAAUUGUCACUGAAUUUUCUGUAAGGACAUUUCUGAAAGAAAUACAAUGUAUGGGAGAGCUGGACUUGAUAGAUUCAAGAAAGCUCAAACCGUAGAGCCAUUCUCUGUGACCCUUAAUUCAGCUUCUAAAGCAUCUGGGGAACCCAUUUCUAAGGCAUCUACCCACCACUCUGCUCCAUCCUUUAAGUCUCAACCGCUUCACCUACAGACGCAAUUGCAGCAGCAACACCAUGUUCCUCAAAAAACUUUGGGACAUGAAGCAACAUCAGUUGUGCCAGCGCAGCACAUGACUCAGGUUGGAGGGGGACAGUCAACAUGGCAGCCUCCUGAUUGGGCUAUAGAGCCCCGACCGGGUGUUUAUUAUCUUGAGGUUUUGAAGGAUGGAGAAGUUCUUGAUCGAAUUAAUCUAGACAAACGGAGGCACAUAUUUGGAAGGCAGAUUCCCAUGUGUGAUUUUGUGCUUGACCAUCAAUCGGUUUCACGGCAACAUGCCGUUGUUGUUCCACACAAGAAUGGAAGCAUAUAUGUCAUUGAUUUGGGGUCUGCUCAUGGUACAUUUGUUGCAAAUGAGAGAUUAAGCAAGGAUAACCCGGUUGAGCUUGAAGUUGGACAGUCUUUGCGGUUUGCUGCAUCAACGAGAAGUUACAUAUUGAGAAAGGACAAUGCAGCUCUUUUUCCUCCCCCUCCACUACCAACAGAAAUUAAUCUACCACCUCCUCCAGAUCCAUCUGAUGAAGAAGCUGUUUUGGCGUAUAACACAAUUCUUAACCGUUAUGGUUUGGGUAAAUCAGAUUUAUUGUCCAAGACUCCUGAUAAUUCAGGGAGCUCGUUGAGUGUGGACAAUGAUGACAGGUUUUUGGAGAGAGCCUCGAAAAGAAUAAGGAAAACAAGAGUGGCUUUCAGAGAUCAAGUUGGGGGAGAGUUGGUUGAAGUGGUAGGGAUUUCAGAUGGUGCAGACGUUGAAACUGAACCUGGUCCAGUUGGUGUGAAAGAAGGCAGUCUUGUUGGGAAGUAUGAGUCCCUUGUACAGAUUACUGUUGUACCGAAAGGGAAGGAGCAUGUCUCAUCAAGAGGAGAUAACAUCACCCCAAAAGGUGUGACUGAUAAACUGCAACAAGUUUUGAAUAAAGUCAAAGCUUCUCCAAAGACUGGUGGGAUGUAUAAUGACCUUUAUGGAGAAUCAUUCUCUGGGAAAGUGGGUUCAUCUUGGGCAUAUGCUUCUAGUGGUGAUGAGCAACCUGGUGUUUCUAAAGAUACGGAAGGAAAACCUCUUGGCAACUCAAUUGGAAAAGCAGAUGCCAACUCCGGGUACGAUGAUGAUGAUGAUUUAUUUGGGGAUUUGGAGUAGUAAAUGCGAGAAGCCUCCGGUGAUUUGAUGAUAUGGACCAUAUGGUUGGAAUCACCAGACUGAAAGAACAUUAGGGCAGUGUGGUUUCUUUUGUACAAGGGAAAUUUUGUUGUAAUUCCUCGCGAGUUUAUCUACCAAAAUUCAAGCACCAUUGAGGGGGUGGACAUGUAAUGUAACACAUUGAAUUUUAAGUUUGUGGGCUCAAUCCCAUGUUCCCCAUGGAAGAUAAAAUGGCAAAAAGGAGAAACAUGAAGUUAAUGAAUCAUGGAAAUUUUUUUAUGGA